AGAGAGAGAGAGAGAGAGAGAGAGAGAGAGAUUUCCUCCCCAACAGGAAUAUAUACUGGAAGGGAACCCAAAGCAUCACCUACCUGAAGGUACAGACUGCCUGGCCACUUCUUCACUUGCCAUCUCAGGAGGGAAGACACAUUGGAGCCAAAGAUAGCAUAUGUCUGAUUUUCAAGCCCAAGACUCUUACUAGCUGCCGUCAAGCUGGUGGAAGGAAAGAAAACCAACAGGGAGAAGACUCCCUCCCAGGCACUGCCGUCACCCUGUGCUCUCCUUUUCCUCCCAAGCUGUGCGGUGCUUGGCUCUAGCUCUGCAAGCCACUGCUGCUGCCAUUGCCCCUGCCAGGCUGAUACAUUUCACCAGGAGCGCUGAGAACCGCUGCGGGAGGUGGAGUCAGAGACUGCGGGAGCUGUAACUUCCCUAGCCCGACUCUACCUCGGUCCCUCUGCAGGCUGUUUUUUCUCUUCUUCGCCACUAAUAGACUCACUGGGAAGCUCGCGUGGAAAAGGAGGCUAGAGAGCGCUGCUGUGUGGAAGAUGUGGGAGUCAGCUUGGGAGAAGAGGGGUGGGGGCAGCAUGUGCUGAAGAGUGUUGACAGUUCAGCCCGCAGCGGCGGAAGCACAGAGGCGCAGCUGGAGAAGUAGAGGACGCGCUCCAGGUGUGGUGGACCGGAGACGGGCAGCUUCUCCAAGUUGGAUUUGUCCCAGAAUCUUUGGGGCCGAGAGUACAAGGAGAGAUGCGGGAAUUGAGCAAGAGGGCGGAUGCUGUGGAGUGCUUCUGCCUGUGCCUCCCCUGAAAGCUCCUGGGGUCAGCAAGCCCCGUAUCAAGCUCCACUCUCCCCUCAGUAGCGUGCCCUGGUCCCUCUCCCCCUAUCCCCGGCGUUCCCUCCGAUGUCUGUGAUCCGGUUGACUGCCGAGGUUGAGGCUGCGGCUGGCCCUCAGGGGGUGCCCGAGGGAGCCGAAGAGGGAGAGGCCAUGUGAUGGCAUUUGACGUCGAGCGAGAGCAAGAAGAAAGGAAAAAGAAGAAAAAGAAGAGGAGGAAGAAGAGAGAGAGGGGCGAGAAGAGCAGGGUGCCCUUUAGCCCCAUGAUGAUUGAGGACGACUCGGCACUCCGAACCAGCGGCAGGGGUCUCUCGGAUCAGUGGGCGGACUCAGUGGGGAUGCGGCCCCGUACAACUGAGCGCCACAUCACUGUGCACAAGCGGUUGGUGCUCGGCUUUGCCGUAUCCAUCCUGGCGCUGUUGAUGGUGACUAUGAUCGCUGUACUCCUUAGCUUACGCUUUGAGGAGUGUGGAGCCAGCGCCGCUGCCGCCUCCGCAGGAGCUGAGGCAGAUCGCAUUCCUGGGGGUGCCCCUGCUCGGACCAACAGCAACAAUAGUGUAGCGGGCACAUCCCAUCAGCCUGGAGAGGAACCAGGUAGGCCAGUGGCAUCUGGGGGCAUAGUGCCUGGGAGCCCCGCACCCAAGGAGCCGUUGGAAGAGGAGGAGCAGGGGCGCUGGCAGCCCUGGACUCAGCUGCGCCUGCCGGGUCACCUAAAACCCCUGCAUUACAACUUGAUGCUGACUGUCUUCAUGGAGAACUUUACUUUCUCUGGGGAAGUCAACGUGGAAGUCGCUUGCCUGAACGCCACUCGCUAUAUCGUGUUGCACGCUUCCAGAGUAGUAGUGGAGAAGGUGCAGGUGGCGGAGGAUCGCGCCUUCGGAGCGGUGCAGGUCGCCCGUUAUUUCCUGUACCCCCAAAACCAGGUCUUUGUGGUGGUGCUCAACCAGACUUUGGAGGCGCAAAGGAAUUACAAUCUCAAAAUCAUUUACAAUGCCUUGAUCGAGAAUGAGCUGUUGGGUUUCUUCCGCAGCUCUUAUGUGCUUCAUGGGGAGAGAAGGUUCCUUGGUGUAACUCAAUUUUCUCCGACACAUGCAAGAAAAGCCUUUCCCUGUUUUGAUGAACCCAUCUACAAGGCAACUUUCAAAAUCAGUAUUAAGCAUCAAGCCACAUAUUUGUCUUUAUCUAAUAUGCCGGUAGAAACUUCAGUUUUUGAGGAAGAUGGAUGGGUUACGGAUCACUUUUCACAGACUCCACUCAUGUCUACCUAUUACUUAGCCUGGGCUGUGUGCAACUUCACCUUUCGGGAGAUGGUUACAAAGAGUGGAAUCAUAGUACGAUUAUAUGCGAGACCUGAUGCAGUCAGAAGAGGAUCUGGAGAUUAUGCUCUCCAUAUAACAAAGAGAUUGAUAGAGUUUUAUGAAGACUACUUCAAAGUGCCCUAUUCUCUACCAAAACUAGAUCUUUUAGCUGUGCCUAAGCAUCCAUAUGCGGCUAUGGAGAACUGGGGACUAAGUGUUUUUGUGGAGCAAAAGAUACUCCUGGAUCCCAGUAUUUCAUCCAUUUCCUAUUUGCUGGAUGUCACAAUGGUUAUUGUUCAUGAGAUAUGCCAUCAGUGGUUUGGUGACCUUGUGACUCCUGUCUGGUGGGAGGAUGUAUGGCUGAAAGAAGGCUUUGCUCACUAUUUUGAAUUUGUUGGGACGGAUUACCUAUACCCAGGCUGGAAUAUGGAAAAACAGAGAUUUCUGACUGAUGUGCUCCAUGAAGUGAUGCUACUGGAUGGCCUGGCCAGUUCACACCCAGUAUCCCAAGAAGUGAUCGAGGCCACUGACAUUGACAGGGUUUUUGACUGGAUCGCAUAUAAAAAGGGUGCGGCUUUAAUUCGAAUGUUGGCUAACUUUAUGGGCCAUUCAUUAUUUCAGACGGGUUUGCAAGAUUAUUUAACCAUUCAUAAGUAUGGCAAUGCAGCUAGAAGUGAUCUGUGGAAUACCCUAUCAGAGGCUUUACGAAAGAAUGGAAAAUAUGUAAAUAUUCAAGAAGUGAUGGAUCAGUGGACUCUCCAGAUGGGUUAUCCUGUCAUUACCAUUAUGGGAAAUGGGACAGUUGACAAUAUGAUUGCCAUUACUCAGCAACAUUUUAUUUAUGACAGCAGGGCAAGAGUCAGGACCACUGAGUUUGGAAACAACAGUUAUCUCUGGCAGAUCCCAUUAACCAUUGUCUUAGGAAAUAGGAGCCAUAUCUCAUCAGAAACAAUCAUAUGGGUGUCCAACAAAUCAGAACAUCACAGAAUUACUUUGGACAAAGAAAGCUGGUUGCUGGGGAACAUCAAUCAAACUGGCUACUUUAGGGUCAACUAUGAUCUAAGGAACUGGAGAUUAUUAAUUGACCAACUAAUGCAGAAUCAUGAGGUUCUCUCUGUCAGUAAUCGUGCAGGUUUGAUCGAUGAUGCCUUCAGCCUAGCCAGAGCUGGCUAUUUGCCUCAGAAUAUUCCCCUGGAGAUUAUCAAAUACCUUUCUGAGGAAAAGGAUUUUCUUCCAUGGCAUGCUGCCAGUCGGGCUCUCUAUCCUCUAGAUAAAUUACUGGACCGAAUGGAGAACUACAAUGUCUUCAAUGAAUAUAUUUUAAAACAAGUGGCAACGAUGUACAUCAAGCUUGGAUGGCCAACAAUUAAUGUUAAUGGAUCCCUUGUUCGAGCAUCUUACCAACAUGAAGAAUUACGGCGAGAAGUAAUAAUGCUGGCAUGCAGCUUUGGUAACAAACAUUGUCACCAGCAGGCUUCAACACUCAUUUCAGACUGGAUUUCCAGCAAUAGGAACCGAAUACCUCUUAAUGUCAGAGACAUCGUCUAUUGUACGGGAGUUUCACUAUUAGAUGAAGAUGUAUGGGAGUUCAUUUGGAUGAAAUUCCACUCCAUGACAGCAAUAUCUGAGAAGAAAAUAUUAUUGGAAGCCUUAACUUGUAGUGAUGACAGAAACUUAUUAAAUCGGCUUCUGAAUCUAUCACUGAAUUCUGAGGUGGUGUUGGACCAAGAUGCAAUUGAUGUCAUAAUCCAUGUAGCUCGAAAUCCACAUGGCAGAGAUCUUGCAUGGAAGUUUUUCAGAGAUAAAUGGAAGAUAUUAAAUACCAGAUAUGGAGAAGCUUUAUUUAUGAAUUCCAAGCUUAUCAUUGGAGUCACAGAAUUCCUUAAUACAGAAGGUGAACUUAAUGAGCUGAAAAGCUUCAUAAAGAACUACGAUGGAGUAGCAGAUGCAUCCUUUUCCCGGGCUGUGGAGACUGUGGAAGCCAAUGUUCGAUGGCAAAAAUAUUACAAAGAAGAACUUUUCCACUGGUUACGAAAAGCUCUCAGGCACUAGUCUGUGUCCAUUAAAGCCAAUAUAACUUGAAAUAUCAGAAGAGGAAAGUAGCAACAUCAAAAGGAAAAUGUUUGACAUUAAAAUGGCAAAGACAAAAUCGGAUUUGCAGGGUGUUUGGUGAGGAAGGGUCGUUUUUGUUUUUAUCUGUUUUGGGCUUUAUUUUGUAUGGGGCUCCUCCUUAUCUACAAAGGUAAAAUCCUCUUUGAGAAGCAAUCAUAGUGGCAGCUGCUGCUUACCAACCCUCACUGUAAAGGAUCAAAUAUGGUGCAUGUUGAUGUCAGUGUGGAAGACAAUAAUUCUGAGUAACUUGUGCAUGGUCAUAGGGUCCUGUCCAUAAUUCCAGCAUGCAUUUCUUCAGAUUUCCCAAGUUUUGUAUGUGAACUUAUGUUACACCAGGAUGGGCAUUAUGCAAAAGCACAAAAAAAGAUCUAUGACAAUCAAUGUCAUCAUCAAAGAAGAAAAAAGAAGAGGAUUUUAUAGAAUCUCUAAUACUUGGGUGAUAUGAAAUGUACAGGAUUGGUACCAAUUACCAAACACAUAGAUUGUCUAUCAGUGAUUAUCAGGAUGCCAACUCAUUCUUUGAGUUAAAACUAUGUUCAUAUAGAAUGCAUUUAGAUACUAUAUACAUAUCUGUAUGUUUCUAGUGGAAAG